UUUUGGGUUGGUGGUUUGUCCGGCCACGGAGCGCGAUGACAGGGAUCCCUUGCCGCGUGUGCCACUACUUCAACCUGCCCAUCAUGAACAAGUGCGUCAUGUGCAAGGCGACCAUGCCGCCCGAUAGCGAGAAGGUGCAGAUCCUCUUCGAGCAGGUCCAGCGGCUCGAGACGCAGCUCGCCGCGUACGUCAACGCCGAGGUCGGCCCACCCAGCGUCGAGCCGCCGCCGCCGCCGCCAAGCGAGAAGCUGCCGCCCAAGGCGCGCAUGGUCUUUUACAACAAGCGCGACCAGUACUUUCGCGACCCGACUCUCAUGGCCCAGCGCCUCGAUGCGACGCGCAACCAUGCGCCGCUGCCAUUCCCCAACCAGCGACAACUCUCGUGCGUGUGGUGCUGCCGGGCCAAGCACACGACGACGAUGGGCAACCACUCGCGCCACGGCUGCAAGACGAGCGUUCACUGCGCCGAGUGCAACGUCGCGCUCUGCCAGCGCGAUCGCGGCAACGGCGGCGUCUCGUGUUUUGACCAGUUCCACGCAGCACACGAGCUCAACAACCCAUGCCAACCGAGCAGUAGUAGUGAGUGCGUCGCGCUCGCCAGUAGUAGCAGCAGCCUUCUCCCGACCAACGGUACCGCCCUACUGACGACGGCUAUGACGACCGUCGCGCGGCGAAAGACCCCGACAGUCACCAAGGUCCCGCGCGUCCGCUCCAAGAGUGCGUAUGUCCUCACGACGCUGCCGCGGUCCAAAGGCGGCGAGUCUAUUUAAACGCAACUUGAAAUUUAUGGCCUCC